CCUGCGGCUUCACAAGAGAAACCAAAAAUAACAGAGAAACGAUUUUUUAAGAUCCAAUGGCAGAAGAAAAGGUUGAGGUUUCUUCCCAAACUCUGUCAGAGUCAUCGCUCGAGAAACUUACCUUACCACAAGAUGUGUUGCAGCAUAAGAUGCAUCUAUUACCUCCAGAAUUAUCAAAGAAUGGACCGGCAAGGGCAGAUUUGACGCUUCUGAAAGACGGUAGCGAGGAGAUUCUGUCUGUAGUCACCGUCUCACGCCAGGCCGGUCCUCGACUGGUUUUGCUGCAGAAAGGGUGGAAGACAAUUGUUAAGGAACUAGGCCUGAUAAAAGGCGAUAAAGUGAGUAUUUUUCUCGUGGAUGGAAGGGCAUGGACUUACUCAAUUCAAGUUGAAAAAUCGCCAACCGCAAAGCGCCAUGCGGAUACAUCAAGACUACAAGUUCUUGCUGAUUGUGCAGUUAAAAUGAUGGAGGAGACUUCCAAUAGGCCAGCCCUGCGGCCCUCAUUCGAUCUGAACCAACCGCCCAUGGAUACGGAGCUACUACAAGUUCUUGCUGAUUGUGCAGUUCAAAUGAUGGAGGAGAGUUCCAAUAGGCCAGCCCUGCGGCCCUCAUUCGAUCUGAACCAACCGCCCAUGGAGACGGAGCUUUGAUCGAUAAGUUUCAUGUUUCUUUGUCAUUAUUGUUUUAUUCUGUGUCUGUUUUCGUCUUGAUUCCAAUUUCUUCGCUUGUCACCGUGUUCAGGUUUUGGGAAGUUUGGUCCAUGUCCUCUCGAGGCACGCGGCAGAAUCGUUUUCGUGAUAUAUAGUGGUUCCUAUGUUACAAAGAUUUUCCCUUUUAUUUUAAUAAAGCCCAUAGAAUUGCUUUUCUAUGGUGAAUUGUACCUGUCGCGCGCGCUGGGGAGUUUCUUUAUUGGGGAUGGUUGCUUUUAAUGUAUGUGUGUCAGAAAUAGAAAACUUGAAUUUUGAUUUAUGUAUAGCAUGUCUUACUUUUGAUUAAUUAUAAAUGUAUUGUUAAUCUUGUUGUGGACCGCAAUUUGGCCGCCAGCUGUUUACCAGAAAGACCUUCUACUUUGAUAUGAUCGUGUUAAUAAACAGUUUAAUUAAUU